AUGGCGUCCCGCCGAUCAGCUCGGCUGAGCACUCAGACGGACAUCAAAAUCUCACCUCCCUCCAUCGCAGCACCUCCAGCACCAAAAAGCCGGAAGAGAAAGACCCCAGCAGAGCCCGCACAUACCGAUCCGGCCCCAUCCUCAGAUCCCGUCACACCGCCGAGAAAACGUGGGACCAAAGUCGGCCCGGUGACGCCCAUCCCUCCCCCAAUCACACCCACGCCGAGCGCCGUUGGAUUCAUCGCCGAGCGCGCCCACGGCACCGUGAAGCCCAAGCCCAAGGCCGUAAGCCGGUUGGCCGACCCGAAACUCACCAACGCCCCCGUCAUCUCACCCGAGACCUCGAGGGUUAUUGCGUCCUGCUCCGCCGAGGCCGCAUCGCCUUCCAAGGCACCGACGGGAAGUAUUCCAGGAGGAAGCACAAAACGAACGACCACCGCCAACAUACUCGAGGAAGCGUGUCGACAUCUCAUCGAGGUCGAUGAACGUAUGAAGCCCCUCAUCGAGAGGAAUUACUGCCGCGUUUUCUGCCCCGAAGGCCUCGCUGAGAAGGUUGACCCCUUCGAGAGCCUCUGCAGCGGCAUCAUUUCCCAGCAGGUCUCGGGUGCUGCAGCGAGGUCCAUCAAGAACAAAUUCGUCGCUCUCUUCACAGAGGAAGCCGAGUCCAAGAAGUUUCCCCAGCCGUCAGAAGUAGCCCCCUGCUCGAUCGAGCAUCUCCGCACCGCCGGCUUGUCGCAACGGAAGGCUGAGUAUGUCAAAGGAUUGGCCGAGAAGUUUGCGAGCGGGGAGCUGAGCGCCCAGAUGUUGGCGGAUGCUCCCUACGAGGAAGUCAGGGAUAAGCUCAUCGCAGUCAGAGGCUUGGGCCUGUGGUCGGUCGAGAUGUUCGCCUGCUUCGGGCUGAAGAGGAUGGAUGUGUUCUCACUGGGCGACCUGGGCGUGCAGAGAGGCAUGGCAGCGUUUGUCGGACGGGACGUGGCCAAGCUCAAGGCCAAAGGCGGCAAGUGGAAGUACAUGUCCGAAAAGGAGAUGGCGGAGAUGGCGAGCCCGUUUGCGCCGUACCGCAGUGUCUUUAUGUGGUAUAUGUGGAGGGUCGAGGAGACUGAUAUAAGCACACUGGAGUAG